AUGCUCUGGGGAGGUGGGCUUGCAGCCCUCGGCCUUGCCUGGGGUCCUGGUGCUGCCGGACAGGCUGGCUCGUUGCAGAACUCUCCCCAUCUCUCCUUUCCUGCCUUCUGGUCUGCGUCCUACAGCUGCACCAAUGGUCCCUUCUCCGUCUCCUACGAGAAACGCCUCCGCCGCCUGACAGUGGCCCUCACACGUCCUGAGGGCUUUCUCCUAAAGCUGCUCUUUUCCCGCUCUGGCCAAGGGCCCCGCCUGGAGCUUUUCCCUGACGGAGUCUCGGGCUGUUUGCAGAGCAUCUCCCCACACGGGCGCCUGGAGACCGGGAAGAAGGCGUUGCUCUGGGAACUGACCCUUAUCCCCAAACCACACUCCUGA